AUGAUCUCGAUGCUUGACCAUCCAGGCGGUGGCAUCUCUACCAGCUUUCCUUGGGUUACAACGAUCUGCAUCGUGCAUCCUCAACGUCAAGAUCGAGAGUUUGAGUAUGGUACUGUACAUGCAGCAUGUGUGCGUGUGUACGAUGGCUUUGCCAUGCUUGUUGACGAAGCGAUUAAGAGCAUCUCAAACGAGUUACAAGCUAAGCAAUAA